GAGCCAUCUGGCUGAGCUGGUUUGUUAUAAUCGAGCAGAUUAUGUUCACGGGACUCAGAGUUUAAGGCUCCUCUCCCAUAGAGCAACUCUGCACAACCCAAGCAGACCAACUUUGGGACUUUGAAUGAACGUAUUUACAUCCACCUUUCUCUUCAUGUCGACUUUUCUGGAAACAUUCACACGGAUGCCAUGGUUACUCCUACCACGAUCUUACAGGUGAACAAGGUGAUGUCCAUCUUGUUUUAUGUGAUAUUUCUUGCUUACCUUCGUGGCAUCCAGUCUUCCAACAUGGAUCAAAGGAGUUUGCCAGAAGAUUCGAUAAAUUCUCUUAUUAUUAAACUCAUUCAGGCAGACAUUUUAAAAAACAAGCUUUCUAAGCAGAUGGUAGACAUUAAGGAAAACUAUCAAAACACGGUGCAGAAAACAGACACUCAGCAAGACAUGGACGGAGAGGAAAAUGUGAAAUCAGACUUCCAGCCAGUUAUCUCAGUGGAUACAGAUCUCUUGAGGCAGCAGAGACGCUACAACUCACCCCGAGUCCUCCUGAGUGACAACACGCCGCUGGAGCCGCCACCACUGUACCUCAUGGAGGAUUACAUUGGGAAUUCUGUGGUGGUGAACAGAACCUCCCGGCGGAAAAGGUACGCGGAGCACAGGGGCCACCGGGGGGAAUACUCCGUUUGCGACAGUGAAAGUUUGUGGGUCACGGACAAAUCCUCUGCCAUCGACAUCAGGGGACACCAGGUGACUGUUCUGGGAGAAAUUAAAACGGGCAACUCUCCGGUUAAGCAAUACUUUUACGAAACAAGGUGUAAAGAGGCCAAGCCUGUAAAAAACGGCUGCCGCGGCAUUGAUGACAAGCACUGGAACUCCCAAUGCAAGACAUCCCAAACUUAUGUCAGAGCACUGACUUCAGAAAACAACAAACUGGUGGGCUGGAGGUGGAUAAGGAUAGACACCUCCUGCGUGUGCGCCUUGUCCAGGAAAAUAGGAAGAACAUAGAUCUGCAUCUCUUUGCUAUAUAAAUUAUUACUUUAAAUUAUAUGAUAUGCAUGUAGCAUAUAAAUGUUUAUAUUGUUUUAUAUAUAUUAUAAGUUGACCUUAUUUAUUAAACUUCAGCAAAUCUACAGUAUAUAAGCUUUCUCUCUCAAUAAACAAGAGCAAAGGGUGUGUGCCUCUGCCGUGGCCAACUCCGGGGUUUUUUUAGACUAUGUUUGUGACACUGCUUGUCAGCAGCAUACCAUAACCUUCCUGUAAAAUCUGUAAAAUCAGUAUUUUUCAUUCAGUAUUGUCAAACCAGUGACUGUCAUUUAGUAAACUUGUUAAAAAUCAGAUCAAUGCCAAGAGUUGUGUACAUAUUUAUA